AUGGAAAAGGUAGCAAAGUCGCAUUUACCAUAUACGGAAAAGGUAGCAAAGUCGCAUUUACCAUAUACGGAAAAAGUAGCAAAGUCGCAUUUACCAUAUACGGAAAAGGUAGCAAAGUCGCAAUUACCAUAUACGGAAAAGGUACCAAAGUCGCAUUUACCAUAUACGGAAAAGGUACCAAAGUCGCAUUUAUCAUAUACGGAAAGGGUAGCAAAGUCGCAUUUACCAUAUACGGAAAAGGUAGCAAAGUCGCAUUUAUCAUCUACGGAAAAGGUAGCAAAGUUGCAUUUACCAUAUACGGAAAAGGUACCAAAGUCGCAUUUACCAUAUACGGAAAAGGUACCAAAGUCGCAUUUACCAUAUACGGAAAAGGUACCAAAGUCGCAUUUAUCAUAUCCGGAAAGGGUAGCAAAGUCGCAUUUACCAUAUACGGAAAAGGUAGCAAAGUCGCAUUUAUCAUCUACGGAAAAGGUAGCAAAGUCGCAUUUACCAUCUACGGAAAAGGUAGCAAAGUCGCAUUUACCACGCAUUUACCAUCUACGGAAAAGGUACAAAAGUCGUAUUUACCACGCAUUUACCAUCUACGGAAAAGGUACCAAAGUCGCAUUUACCAUCUACGGAAAAUGUACGUGA